AUGUGGACGUUGUUGCCUAUUGUGAUCCUUAAAGUAAUCCAGUUACAGGAAACUGGUGGAACCAUACUUCCCAAUCCGGAGUGCGGAAAUACUAAAGGCUGCUACCCGGAAUCGUGUCCUGUUAAUGGAUGUCCAGAUUUCUUCAUGAGCUGGGAGGACGCUGGAGACUACCUCCGAUUUGUGAUGACGUUUGAAAUAUCUGCUGGUGAUGAUCAGUGGGUUGCCAUAGCAUUUUCAAAGGACACAGCUAUGACAGAUUCCAGUGUAGUUAUGUGUAGAUUGGAGGGCGGUGCCACGUUGGUAGAAAUGGGUCAUACUUCUACAGUGGGUUUCUCCUACACAACUUUAUCGAGUAACUAUGGUCUACAAAAUGCAGCUGUAAGUCGCAAUGGAACUGAGGUUGUCUGCUCAUUCGAUCGGAUAAUAAACGCAACUCAAAAUGAGGCUCAAAUAUUUGACCUUGAUCAGCCUUUGCAUCUCCUUCAUGCUAAAGGUACCAUCGCCACAGGAAGCCCGAAUUACCAUAGUAGCCGAUCUUUUACAACGGAAACUAUAGACUUCCUCAAUGUGACGCAGUCGACUCCAAUAACUACACCUCCUAACACGCCUUCAACUGCACCGCCAGGAGGAUCCGUUACACUAGAUCCUGCGUGUGGAGUGUCUAAGGGAUGCUUUUCUGACUGUGAAGACUCCGGCUGUUCUGUGCUCGUCAAGUGGAUCACUAUUGACGAAGAGAACAUAGAAUUCGAAAUAUCCGCAGAUGUCCCGACAGGAUCGAAUAACUGGGUUGCAAUAGGAUUCUCAUCUGAUAAGUCAAUGGGGUCAGACAGCGUUGUAGCCUGCGUCAAUUCCGGCACAGUGUCUGUCCAGACCGGAUACAACACCGGCAAAAGUUACGGAUCACUCACGCCAGAUACUCUUGGUCUUUCAUCCAUAUCCGGCAGCGUGGUGAACUCUGUUCUAAACUGCAAGUUUACAAGGCAAACCAAUAUCACAGGGGAAUCGUCAUUCUUCGAUAUCCGACAGGAUUGGUAUCUUCUCUUCGCUCGCGGACCUGUAGUGUCAGGUGUCAUACGACGGCAUAGCGGAACUCUUAUAAGUGAUGAGACUGUUGAUUUCCUGUCUAGUGACCUUCAGACAGGAGGAAAAUUGUCCUACGUCCUAGUCCAGGUUCACGGUUCACUCAUGGUUGUGGCCUGGGUUUUGUUCUCUAGUAUCGGCAUCUUCAUCGCACGAUACCUCAAGCCGAUGUGGCCUAAUUCCACGCUACUUGGACAGAAAGUCUGGUUUCAGAUUCACAGAACGUGUAUGAUAACCGUAUUGUUACUCACUGCAACAGGUUUUGUCGUAAUAUUUAUUGAAGUUGGUGGAUAUGCUGAUGAGGUUGGCAUUUCGGAUGAGAAUAAUUCCUUUGCUACUUACCAUCCUAUUCUUGGUAUAGUCGUUAUGGCACUCACAGUCCUGAACCCACUUAUAGCGUUGUGUAGAUGUGCUCCGGAUCACAAGAGGAGACCCAUCUUUAAUUUUUAUCAUUGGUUUUUCGGGACUAGUGCACAUAUUUUAGCAGCCGUGACGAUUGUAUUUGCCACAUAUUUGGACAAAUCCAACGUUCCAACGAGUGCAACAUACAUAGGAAUAUCCUAUAUUUGUGUGUUUGUCUUUCUCGAGAUAAUUUUGGAACUAUACAUGCGUAUCUGUAACAGAAAGUCAGGUAUAACACUUGACCUGGAGCUCAAGCGACAGGGAGAUGACACAACGUCUGAUGUUUCUAAAUCAGCUGUCAAACAGAACGUCACACCAUUUGCUAAAUUACUGCUUGGCAUACAACUGUUGUCGAUGCUUUCCUUGGCGACUGCCUUUAUUGUUCUAAUAGUCAAAGGAUCUGACGAAUGAAAGCUUCGAAUUGCCAUCCCUCAAGAAGAGAAUCGUUUAUUAGAAAGUCAUAGAACAAAUAUUGUAUAUCUCUUUACAUAAAUAAUUUUAAUUUUUAUACGCUACUUUAAUUUUUCUGCUUCUUCUAUCUCGUUGAGAAUUGAUAAUUAUUUGUUGCUAAGCAGAGGAACUUUUACUUUUGGAAGAAAUAUCACGCUUUGUUUUUAAGUUAAAACUAACUUGUGAUUAGUGUUGUUAAUAUUGCCUGUGAUACU